UCAACACCACCUCUUCCCUCUCCCUUCUCCACCCUUUCUCCCCCCCUCCUCCACCCUCAUCACAAUCCAUGAUACGGGCCAGAUAAGCCAGCAUUGUCUCCUCAAUCCCACCACUCCACCCUCUUCAACUGCCCCGCCACCUCCCCCUCCUCUCCCUGCUCUCCGCUUCCCGGCAACGAGAAAAUUCUUGACCGCACCCCACCCGCCCUUCCCCCUGCGUCUUCUGCCCCCUACCUGGAGAUCACCUACGUCUACCCUCCCCUCUCCAACCAUCCAACAUGUCUGCCGAAGACGCUUCCCCCGCCAUCGACUCGGGUAUCGACAACGUCGCCGAUAAGAUUGGCUCUCUCAACACCGAUGACCGCCAGCGGACCGAAGAAGAGUACGCCGUGUCGCAAAUCACCCUCCGUGCCAUUGUCACCUCCAAGGAGGCCGGUGUCAUCAUCGGCAAGGCGGGCCAGAAUGUGGCAGACCUGCGCGACAAGACUGGCGUGCGUGCUGGCGUCAGCAAGGUCGUCCCCGGCGUCCACGAUCGCGUCUUGACCGUCACUGGUGUCUUGACGGGCAUCGCCGAGGCCUAUGGCUUGGUGGCUGAUGGCUUGGUGAAAGGAGCGCCGCAGGUGGGAAUGGGAGGAGUCAUCUCAAAUCCCAACACUCACCCCAUUCGUCUCCUGAUCUCACACAACCAGAUGGGCACGAUCAUUGGCCGACAGGGUCUCAAGAUCAAGCAAAUCCAGGACGCCUCCGGCGUGCGCAUGGUGGCGCAGAAGGAAAUGCUGCCGCAGUCGACCGAGCGUAUCGUUGAAGUGCAGGGCACGCCCGAGGGUAUCCAAAGGGCCGUGUGGGAGAUUGGCAAGUGCCUGGUGGAUGACGAGCAGCGUGGCUACGGCACUGUUCUGUACAGUCCCGCUGUGCGUGUGCAGGGUGGCGCAGCAGCUCCGCCCUUGAACGGAGAUGGAGGAUAUGCUCCACCUCGCAGCUUCAACCGCACUGGAAACGGCAACGAUUUCACUGGCGGUGCCGCCGCUGCUCCCUAUACCGAACGCCCCCGUCGCGCUACCCCUCCUGACCUUGCUCAGCCGGUGCUGGAGGAAGGCGAAGACAUUCAGACGCAAAACAUCAGCAUCCCCGCGGACAUGGUGGGCUGCAUCAUCGGCCGUGGUGGCAGCAAGAUCUCCGAGAUCCGCAAGUCGUCGGGGGCUCGCAUCUCCAUCGCCAAAGCCCCUCACGACGAGACGGGCGAGCGUAUGUUCACCAUCACCGGCGGACCAAGCGCCAACGAGAAAGCGCUCUACCUGCUCUACGAGAACCUCGAGGCGGAGAAGAUGCGCCGGAGUCAGAUCCCCGAGGCUGCGGCGUAGCGCGCCAACGGUUAUGGAUCGACGUUCAGCCCGACCCAGACGGCCUCUCGUCCCAUUCCUCCGGUGCUGCUGGGACAUUAGACG